CUAUAAGUAGCUAUGAGCUUAAGUAGCAUUAUUGUUUGAGCAUCAUUCCUUGACUCGUGAUUAAUGAAUUGCUGAAAUCGACACUCAUAGUUUACACUCAUGCCCACUGGUAAACACAUUAUGUUGACUUAAAAACCAGAAGUCGGGUUAUAUAAUGCACCAAGGCAUUUCCCUGCUACAUUAUUAUAGCUGGGUGUAUAAAAAUUUUUUCCUGGUAUAUACUGUUACAAUCGUUGAUCUGCAAGGAAAAUGAGAGCCUGUAAGGGAAUUUUGCUUGCAGUGUUUUUUGGAACACUGACAACUAUAAGAGGAACAGAGGAAUCAGAACAUAACAAAGUAUGUGAUGAUGAAUCUGAGGCUAAAUUAUUCAUUUUAAAUGGACUACAUCAACGACAUGCAAUUAAGGAGAUUCAAAUUAAUAAUUUAGUACGGAACAUAAAUGAAGCAGAGAUAUCAUUGACUGAAUUACAGACACGAUUGAAUAGUACACGUAAUGAAGCAAAUGAAUUACUGGGACAAAUUAAUAAUGUGACAACACCACAACUUGCAGAGCUUGAAGGGUUAAAAAUCUGCUCAGAUGAAAUUUUUACGGAUUGUUGCCAGGUCGCUAAUUGAUGGGCUGGGCCACGCUUGACCAGCUCGCUGAGACUCUGUCAAGGCUGUAUAGCGUUCUAGACAUUGCAGGACAUCCUCCGUCUUUACUUUUGAUUCCUCUACAGUGCACAAUGCGAGCGGAAUCUAGCCAGUGGAGAAUCAGACGGACACACGAAUCAACCCUUGCUGCGCAUGCAAUACCCUUUGCACCGAGGAUAAAGAGAAAGUUUCCUUCAGCUCACUCUGGAAUCUAUGCAAUCAAGGACCCUUGUUCAGGAGAUAAUCCAUUUAGUUAUACAAAACUAGUAGCAGUGUACUGUGACAUGGAGACAGAGGGUGGAGGGUGGAUUGUAAUCCAACGACGUAAUGCCAGUAUGGGAUGGGUUAACUUUGCUAGGGGCUGGGUUGAUUACAAGAACGGUUUCGGUGAUUUAGAUGGUGAAUUUUGGAUUGGACUUCAACAGAUCUAUGAGCUAACCAAUCAGCAAAUGUUUGAAUUGAAUGUAAGAGUCAUGGAUGACUAUAAUUCAGAUAAUAAUUAUUGGGACUAUCCAUACUUCAGAAUACUUAAUGAAAAAAGUAGAUAUGCCCUCUUUAAAACUAAUAAUUAUUAUGAUUGGGCUGACAGUAUUUUUGGUCCUUAUGAAGGGGAUAAUAAUUAUUACUUUACUACUUUUGAUCGCUAUUAUGGAAACAAUUGUGGCUAUACAAGACAAAGUGGCUGGUGGUACUACUACAGUGAAAACUGUGAUGUUAAUGCAAACUUAAAUGGUCGUCACCAGCCAAGUGGUCUUUCUGGAAUAGACGGAGUGGGAGAGAGACUUGUGUGGAGGUAUGGCAGUUAUGCGGACUAUUCAACUGCAACAUAUUCGGACAUGAUAAUUCGUCCACAGUCAUGCGAGCUUUAUUAAUACUGAACAAGCAUCCUGCCUUAAUGAGCAGCCUAGAAAACAAAUAAAUAUACAUGUAGAGUAAGCAUUUGCAUCCUUGUCACAAUCCCUGUUGUAAUUCACACAUAUAGCUGACAAACAUUGUUGGGUAAAAUAGAAAAUUUCUGCUGCUAUAUUGUUCAUUAAACAUUUGGUGACUUAUAAUCAUUGACUCCAUGCUCAGUCUCUAAGAGAGAAUUGUUU